CGAUAUUAAAAAACCGAGCAAAUCCCUAAUUUCUCAAAUUCUACAGAAGAUCGGGGGUUUAAUUGCCGAGUAUUAACCAUGUUUAAAGGACUUUUCGGGAAAACCAAGCCGGAAACUAACGCUCUAACCACGUUAGACAAAUUGAAUGAGACCCUUGAAAUGCUAGAGAAAAAGGAAAGUGUACUUAUGAAAAAGGCUGCCGCAGAGGUUGAAAAGGCCAAGGAAUAUGCCAAAGGGAGAAAUAAGAGAGCGGCUAUACAGUGCCUGAAGAGGAAGAAACUAUAUGAACAGCAAAUUGAACAGCUUGGGAACUUCCAGCUUCGUGUUCACGAUCAAAUGAUAUUGUUAGAAGGCGCCAAAGCCACUACUGAGACUGUAGAUGCAUUAAGAACUGGAGCAGCAGCAAUGAAGUCGAUGCAGAAAGCAACGAAUAUAGAUGACGUUGACAAAACAAUGGAUGAAAUCAAUGAACAAACUGAGAAUAUGAAACAGAUUCAGGAAGCACUUUCAAAUCCAAUCGGGGCUGCAGCUGAUUUUGACGAGGAUGAAUUGGAAGCAGAACUUGAAGAACUUGAAGGUGCCGAGUUGGAAGAGCAGCUUCUCCAACCUACGACGACUGCUCCUGCAGCUCCUGUCCAGGUACCCGCUAGCAGGCAACCGGCUCGACCCGUUACUCAAAAGCGCACAGCUGAGGAAGAUGAACUCGCUGCAUUGCAGGCUGAGAUGGCACUUUAAGGUAAUUCAUCCAAGUUAGUUCACUCUCUGGGUGAAUUACUUAAACAUAGCUAAUUAUCCGGUGGUGUAGUUCACCAUUGCACCCAUAAUUGAACCAUGAAAGAGAGUGGUCAUACAUAUGUAAUAUUGAAUAGCUCUGAAUUUGUGAGCAAUUAAUUAAUGUUUGAUCACGCACAUAAAGAUUUCAUGAAACUAAAUGAAUCCCCCUUAUCUGUACCAAUAACCAAUUGAAUGAUCUUUGUGGUAAAAGAAAAUUUUGUUAUUUCUAGA